AUGGACAAAGGUGGUGGUGGCAGCUCACUGGCGGCUUUGAUGGCAGCGCGAAAAGGGAAAGAGGCGGAUGCUGCAUCGUCAGCGACAUCAUCGCAGGCUGGUGCGGGCUCGCUAGCAGCGCUGCUGGCAAAUCGCAACUCGGCCUCGGCUGCCAAGCCCACCCCGGCACAAUCUGCUCCCCAGGGCUCGCUGGCGGGUCUGCUGGCGAAUCGCAACUCGGCCUCGGCUGCCACGCCCGCACCUCAAAGUUCGCUGACGAGUCUGCUGGCUCAGAGACAGGCCACAUCUGCGGCAGCACCUGCAUCGACAGGAGCAUCGACGCAAGGCUCCUUGGCAAGCCUUUUAACCGCGCGAUCAGAGGCGGCCACCCCGCCAACAACUACCACCAACACCGACCCGACGCCAGCCCCAGUCUCUCUGACCAGCUUCUCAUGGACACCAACUACCCAGCCCAAGACCAGUGCGGCAAUGGUGCCAGACCCUACCUCGGUGUCCACGCCAUCCGAACCAACGCAGGACAAGCCCGAUCUGGUCACGCCUCUGCCGCCCCUCACUAUCGACGCCCCCAAAACGGUCCCCGUACCUGAUCCCCUCUCCCUCUGCGGACCUUUGGCGGCUGGCAACCCUGGCCAAGGGCACAGUCCUCCGAGCUACAGCUUCACCGAGGUUGGUGGACAGGAUACUAAAAAGAAUUGGCCGCGCACCCACGAGGCCGCUGCCAGCAGCUUGCCAUCAUCCCGGAAUCUACCCGGUCCGAUUCACCUCGGCACCCAGUUCAAUGGACCGCUCCACCGUCAGGGCUCUGUCGCUGUAGCGUACUCGGACGAUGCUGCUCCCGAACAGAAUGGUCCACCACAAUGCUUGUGA